AGAGUGAGUGCGGUGUUUAAUGGGUUUGUCACCAACUUUACGUUUUCUUACAAACGAAGAAGAACCCAAAAAGCGAACAAUAAUAUUGGAAGAAAGAGAGCAGAAAAUAGAAAACAAAGAGAAAAGCAUCUGAGUGAGAGAGAGAUGGAGAAGAGAAAGGUUGUGAUGUGUGGUGUGUUAUCUCUUCUGGGUUUAUUAUCAGCUGUUACUGCCUUCGCUGCUGAAGCUACCAAGAUCAAGAGAUCUCAGGUCAAGGUUACCACCACUUCAGAUCCACUCACACGAUGCUCUUAUCCAAGAAGUCCAGCUUUGGAUCUCGGCUUCACUUCAGCUAUUUUUCUAAUGAUGGCUCAGAUAAUCGUCAGCGUCGGAAGCGGCUGUCUCUGUUGUAGAAAAGGUCCUGCUCCUUCCAGAUCUAAUUGGAUUAUCGCCUUAACCUGCUUCGUUGUUUCCUGGUUCACUUUUGUGAUAGCUUUCCUCUUGCUGCUAACCGGAGCUGCACUCAACGAUGAACACACUGAGGAGUCAAUGUAUGCCGGUUACUACUCCUGCUACAUUGUGAAACCGGGAGUUUUCUCUACCGGUUCUUUGCUUUCGCUUCUCACUGUUGCCCUCGGGAUUGUCUACUAUUUGUGUUUGACUUCGAGUAAACAAAACGUUGCUGACACAGCGACGACGGCGAACCGAGGAGGAGGUAUAGCAAUGGGACAGCCUCAGAUUCCGGAGAGAGUGGAAGAUCCUGUCUUUGUUCAUGAAGAUACUUACAUGAGAAGACAGUUCACUUAAAAACAGAACAUGGCUUUCUUUGGAUACACGUUAGGUUUUAGGAUGAUAAUUAGAUAAACAAGAGAUGCUGUUUUUUUUUUUUGGGGAUUUUAUCUUUGUGAUUUUAGUAUGUGAAACUAAGACCAUGAAACUUGGUAGCUGGUAAUGAUGAUUAAUGAUGAUUGAUAACGUACAGAAAACCAAACAAACG